UCUGUACUCAGGUUGAGAAUUAGACACAGCAAACUUUACAUCACGCUUUUAUCAUAGAAACAUAUCAAACAGGUCUUAGUGGUUUAUGUCAUGAGCCUCAUACAGUUAAACAUCUUUAUAGCAUGCAGGAAAUGAACAGGAAACACACGACAUGGUGACACAACUGAUGGAAAUAUGGUGGGCGGAUGGAGGACAACGUUAAAAAAAGGAGGAAGUGGAUAUUUUUUAAAGAGAAUGGAAACGUCACGUCAUGGACGUGUAAAUCUCCGGGCCGCUAGGCGGCGUAAGAUGCGAGAAGUGUAGGCUAGAGACUAUUUCCGUUGAGUUUCCAAGAUGGCUGCCCUCAUAUGUAAACAUGCGACCUGAUCUGCUCGCUGUUGGUGUUCAAGUUUAGCGCUUCUGUAGCAUGUAUUCAUCGAGCGUGAUACCCAGUGUUUAGAUAUUAACAUCCAGUGCGGGAUUGUUAACAUACAGACGUAAAUUUGUGAGUCAUAACCGAGCCGGAAAAGGCGACCAUUAGCGAGCUAACGGGUAACGUUAGCCGGGCCGCGUAGAGCCAUGCCUGCACGGACCUUGUACGUUAGCCCCCUGCCAGCUGCAGCUUCAAAUGAACGACUUGAGGAAAUAUUCUCGGAAAUUGGUCCGGUAAAGCAAUGCUUCGUGGUCACCGAGAAAGGCUCGGACAAAUGUCGGGGGUUUGGCUAUGUCACAUAUUCCAUGGAGGAAGACUCACAGCGAGCUUUGAAAGAAGUAAAGCUCUACGACGGACAAAGGCUUUCUGUUACAGUGGCGAAGAGGAAAAUUAAGGACAAAAAAAAAACAGCGCCUGAAGAGCCCGCUGCAGCACCAAAAGAAAAAGAUGCAGCACCAAAAGAAAAAGAUGCAGCACCAAAAAAAAAAGAUUCUGCACCAAAAAAAAAAGAUGCUGCACCAAAAGAAAACGAGCAGAACAAAAGCGUCAAGAAAAUCAAUCUGAAACCCAGACUCAUCAUCAGGAAUCUGAGUUUUAAGUGCUCAGAAGAUGACCUGAAACAAAUUUUAUCCAAGUUUGGAACCGUUCUUGAGGCCAAAAUUCCCCUCAUGCCAGAUGGAAAGAUGCGCGGAUUUGCGUUUGUUCUUUUUCAAAAUGUCUUGGAGGCAGGGAACGCGCUUCAUGCUAUGAACCUGAAGGAGAUAAAAGGUCGGCAGGUAGCAAUUGACUGGGCUGUGCCUAAGGACAAAUUUAUCGCCACACAGCCGCCAUCAAGUGCAGGAAAUAAAAUUAUAGAAGCAAAUACAAAAAAGUCAGGUGCAAAGAUUGACACUGAAGACAAGGAAGAAGAAAAGCCACAUGCAGCACCUGAAAAGAAAAGAGUCCCUUCCAAACCAUCUGUAAAGCAGGUGGAAGAAUCCCAAUCUGAUGAUGAUGAUGAUGCUAGCGAGGACCAAGACAGUGAGGAGGAAGAGGAGGAUGAAGAAGAUGAAGAUUCAGACAUGGGGGAGGAUGAGGAUGAUAUGUCUCAGGAAGAAGAGGACGGCAGUGACGACGAUAAGAGUAGCUUUGAUUCAAACGAUGAUGAAGAGGAAGACGAGGACACCGAAGCAGAUAAAUCGGCUAAAAAGAAAACCUCAAAGAAACUUCUCCCUUCAGAUGUGAAGGAGGGCAGAACAAUUUUCAUCAGGAACCUUUCCUUUGAUACCGAAGAAGACGGUCUUGAGGAAGUUCUGUUAAAAUACGGAGAGCUUAACUACAUUAAGAUUGUUAUCCACACAGAAACAGGACAUUCAAAAGGUUGUGCAUUUGCUCAGUUCAAGACUAAAGAGGCUGCAGAUAAAUGCAUGGCAGCAGCAGAGGAUGAGGCACAGAACGGUGGCAUCCGUGUCGAUGGCAGAAAGCUGUUCGUUGUGGCCGCAGUGACCAGAGAUGACGCUUCCAAGCUGAAAGUGGACAAAGUGAAAGUGGAAACGGGCACCAGGAAUAUAUAUUUGGCCAGAGAGGGAUUGAUCCGGGCUGGAACCAAAGCUGCAGAGAGUGUUCCUGAAGCAGAAAUGGCGAAAAGAACCAGAUUUGAAGAAAUAAAGAGGACCAAGCUUCGGGCCUUAAAUGUGUUUGUGUCAAAGACUCGUCUGUGUGUCCAUAACCUGCCUAAGUCAGUGGACGAUAAAAAACUCAGAGCACUCUGCCUCCCAGCAGUACAAGGAGGCACGGGAGUCCGCAUCACAGAGUGCCGAGUGAUGUAUGACAAGAAGCCAGAGAAGGGUCAGGCGAUGGGACAAUCAUUAGGUUAUGGAUUUGUCCAGUUCCAGGUCCAUGAACAUGCUCUCAGCACACUUCGUUACCUUAACAACAACCCUGACAUCUUUGGCUCACACAAGAGACCUAUUGUUGAGUUCUCCCUGGAGGAUUCUAGGAAACUCCAAAUGAAAGAAAUGCGCCAACAAAAAAACAAGGAACAAAGUCUGUCUUUUAAAAGAGCAGCAAAACCUCAGCCCCAGACAGUCGGAGAAGGAAAAGGUCCCAGCAAAGGUGGAAAUAAAGCCCAGUCCUCAUCAGAGCAGACAAUAAACGAGAGCGCUCCUGUUCAAACCCAGGAGCAACGCAACCGCUAUUUUGGCUUCCAGACCAAACCCGAGUUCGAACACGUGAAUUUGGAAAACGGAAAGAAACGAAGAAAGAUUCUAAACUUUCCAUCCCAUCGCGGGCCUAAGAUCAGAAUGCGUGACAAGGGAAAGCAGCAGGCGCCGCCACCCAAGAAAGCAAAGCCUGGAUCCAACAGGAAAGACCGUCAAAGACAACAGAUGGAAAAGCCCACACAGCGCAACAACCAGGUCAAAACCCCAAAGAAGCAUUUCAAGAGAGGGGGUGGGGACCGUUUUGACAGCCUGGUGGAGCAGUACAAGAAGAAACUGAUGGGUAACAGUGACAACAGCACCAAUGUCAAAAGAAACAAGUGGUUUGAUAGUUAGUUUAUGUGUGAGAGAAACAAUGUGUUAGGAUCUUAAGUAUUUAAGGCUACUACAACAAUCAACAUUCUUAAAAACAAGUAUAGUGGUUCUCAUAAAGUUGUUUUGUGGCUCAUUGUACAGUAUGUGACGCUUUAUGCGUGGAACUGUUCUGUGCCCUAACUUCCUUCAUGCUCAUCUUGCAUUUCUGUAAUCCAUGUUUUUUACUACUAAAACAAACAGAAUAAUUAUUGUACUUGGCUUUUUAUGAAAAUAUAUACAGUAAAAAAAACAUGAUUUGGUA